UAAUUAGCGCUAAUUCCGCGCCAGGGCAGGCAAGGGAAGAAGAAAAACGAGAGCAUAACAGACGCCUCGCAUGCGUAUCGGCAGCAGCGCCUCCCUCCCCACUGGAUCUGCAGUGGCCGCGUAGCAGGAGGAGGACGAGUUCUCGAGAUUUUUCGCAAAAUCUCAGCGCCGAUUCCAUGUCAGGUUGAGUGCUCGGACAUUCUGAUCUGCUCAGCGCGAGGGGGUUACGUACAGCUAAGAAGAUGGCGGCGGCAUUGGCGUGGAGGUUCAAUGGGACGAAUGGCGGCAGCCACGGCGGCGCAGAUCUGGAAAGGCACGGGGACAAAGUUCAAGAUUCUGAGCCGCCAACUCCUGUCUCAGUCAUGAGAAUGGGCAAGAACCGAGUCAAUAUGGAGGAUGAGGAGACACUUUCCAGUGUUGCUCAAUGUAUCGAGCAGUUGCGGCAGAGCUCUUCGUCCUCUCAAGAAAAAGAAAGCUCAUUGAAGCAGUUACUGGACCUUGUUCAAACACGUGAUACUGCAUUCGGAGCUGUUGUAUCGCAUUCACAGGCUGUUCCUACACUUGUUUCUCUCCUCAGGUCUGGCUCAUCUGGAGUUAAGAUGCUGUCUGCUACUGUUCUGGGGUCUCUUUGCAAGGAAGAGGAGCUAAGGGUGAAGGUUCUGCUUGGUGGUUGCAUCCCUCCAUUGCUUGCUCUUCUCAGGUCGAAGUCAGCUGAAAGUCAGACUGCAGCUGCCAAAACUAUAUAUGCAGUUUCUCAAGGUGGGAUAAGGGAUCAUGUUGGAUCAAAGAUAUUUUCAACGGAAAAUGUUGUUCCAGUACUGUGGGAGCAACUCAAAGUUAGCCUCAAGAAUGAGAGUUUGGUGGAUGGCCUGCUAACUGGAGCACUGAAGAACUUGUCAAAAAACACAGAGAAGUUUUGGUCAGCAACCGUGCAAUGUGGUGGAGUUGAUAUACUUAUAAAGCUGGUUGGUUCUGGACAGACAAAGACUCUAGCAAAUGUGUGCAAUCUUCUUGGGGCUUUGAUGAUGGAAGACUCAUCAGUUUGUUCGAAAGUUUUAUCAGGAGAAACAACAAAACAGCUCCUAAAGUUACUUGGUCCUGGUAAUGAAACUUCAAUUAGAGCAGAAGCUGCUGGUGCUCUCAAAUCCCUUUCUGCACAGAGUAAAGAAGCUCGUCGUGAGAUAGCUAGUUCUAAUGGGAUUCCUGCUCUUAUAAAUGCUACUAUUGCUCCAUCAAAAGAGUUCAUGCAAGGAGAAUCUGCCCAAGCACUGCAAGAAAAUGCAAUGUGUGCAUUAGCAAAUAUUUCCGGUGGUUUAUCUUAUGUAAUCUCAAGCCUUGGUGAAAGUCUUGAAUCAUGCUCUUCCCCUGCACAAAUUGCUGACACUCUUGGUGCAUUAGCCUCAGCAUUAAUGAUAUAUGACACAAAUGCAGAAUCAAUCAGUGCUUCAGACCCGCUAGUCAUUGAGAAGACACUGAUGAAACAGUUUAAGCCCAAGGCACCCUUCCUUGUACAGGAGCGUGUAAUUGAAGCUUUAGCCAGUUUGUACAGCAACACAGUUCUCUGCAAGACACUUGCAGAUUCUGAUGCAAAACGCUUGCUUGUUGGUUUGAUAACCAUGGCAGGUACUGAGGUGCAAGAUGACCUAAUGACAUCACUUUUUGCUCUCUGCAAGAAGGAUUGUGAUUUGUGGCAAGCUCUGCAAGGCCGUGAGGGUGUUCAGCUGUUGAUUUCUUUACUUGGUCUAUCCUCAGAACAGCAGCAGGAAUGUGCCGUUGCUCUGCUCGCCCUUCUGUCAAAGGAGAAUGAUGAGUGCAAAUGGGCUAUCACUGCUGCUGGUGGCAUACCUCCUCUUGUUCAAAUAUUAGAAACUGGUUCUCCCAAAGCUAAAGAAGAUUCAGCAACCAUCAUUGGUAAUUUGUGCAAUCACAGUGAAGACAUACGAGCAUGUGUCGAAAGUGCCGAUGCAGUUCCUGCUUUACUAUGGCUUCUCAAGAACGGAAGUGACAAUGGAAAGGAAAUAGCAUCCAAAACACUGAAUCAUCUCAUCCACAAGUCAGAUACUGGGACUAUUAGUCAGUUAUCUGCUCUGUUGACAAGUGAACAGCCUGAAUCAAAAGUUUAUGUUCUUGAUGCUUUGAAAAGCUUGCUUUCUGUUGCACCACUGAAUGAUAUUCUGCAUGAAGGAAGUGCUGCAAAUGAUGCAGUUGAGACAAUGAUCAAAAUUUUAAGCUCCCCUAAAGAAGAAACUCAGGCUAACUCAGCAUCUGCUCUUGCUGGUCUAUUCCAUUGCCGCAAAGAUUUGCGAGAAACACACAUUGCAUUGAAGACACUUAUGUCAGUCAUGAAACUGAUUGACACACAGUCUGACAGAAUACUAAUGGAGGCCUCAUGUUGCCUUGCUGCCAUUUUUCUGUCAGUCAAACAAAAUAAGGAGGUUGCUGCAGUUGGACGGGAUGCAUUAGCUCCACUAGUCUCACUUGCAAGUUCUACAGUCCUUGAAGUAGCAGAGCAAGCAACCCGAGCUUUGGCAAACCUUUUUCUUGAUCGUGAAUUGGCAGCUCAAGUAUCUUUUGAAGAAAUUAUGUUCCCUUUAACGCGUGUUCUUAAGGAGGGAUCUAUUGACGGAAGAAUUCAUGGAGCAGCAGCAAUAGCUCGCCUUUUGUUGUGCCGACCCGUUAACCAGCUUAUCUCAGAUACUGUAAACCGCUCUGGUGCUGUCCUUGCUCUAGCUGGUCUCUUGGAAGCUGCGAAUGGUGAUGCUUCCGCAACAUCAGAAGUUCUCGAUGCACUGGUGCUUUUAUCAAGAUCAAAGGUGUCAAGUGGGCGUACCAAGGCUCCCUGGGCAGCUCUUGCAGAAAAUCCCCACACCAUACUUCCCAUUGUUUCUUGUGUAGCUGAUGCAGUACCCUCCUUGCAAGAUAAAGCCAUAGAAGUACUGUCAAGGCUCUGUUUUGACCAACAUGAUGUUGUGGGUGGUUUGGUUUCGGAAAUCCCAGGCUGCAUAUCAUCAGUGGCACGCCGAAUCAUUGGUUCCAACAUUCUGAAGGUUAAAGUUGGUGGAUGUGCUCUUCUUGCUUGUGCAGCAAAAGAGCAUUGUCAGAAGCAGAUAGAGAUCCUAUGUGAUUCAAGCCUGUACAUUCAGCUAGUCCAUUCUCUAGUUGGUAUGAUCAAUACAACAAACUUACCUUCUGAAAAUGGGGAUGGUGAAAGCAUAGCAGACAUUAAGAUUUCCAGAUGCUCUAAAGAAAAUAACAACGAUGCUGAAUUGGCGUGCCCCACUGCUGUAAUCUCGGGUAACAUGAUUCCACUCUGGCUACUUGCUGUCUUUACUCGCCAUGACAACAAAACAAGAGCAGAAAUUCUAGAAGCUGGAGGGGUUGAAAUGCUCAACGAGAAGAUUUCUCAAAAUGCAUUCUUAUAUGUGGGUGAAGAAGAUAGUACCGCAUGGGUCUGUGCGUUACUUCUUGCAUUGCUAUUUCAAGAAAGAGAGAUGAACCGGUCUAAUUCAGCGUUGCAUUCAAUUCCUGUACUCUCAAACUUGUUAAGGUCUGAUGAGCCAGCAUACAGGUACUUUGCCGCACAAGCUUUGGCAAGUCUGGUGAGCAAUGGUAGCAGAGGAACGCUUCUGGCUGUUGCUAAUUCUGGGGCUGCCACUGGACUUAUAUCUUUGCUUGGAUGUGCUGAUGUUGAUAUAGCUGAUCUUGUGGAGUUAUCAGAGGAAUUCAUGUUGGUGCAUAAUCCUGAUGAAGUUACGCUGGAGAAGCUAUUCAGAGUUGAUGAUAUCAGGGUUGGUUCAACUUCCAGAAAAUCAAUUCCUCUUCUUGUUGAUCUACUUAAACCCAUUCCAGAAAGACCUGGUGCUCCUUUCUUGGCAUUGGGUCUUCUGACACAGUUGGCUGUUGAUUGUGCCCCAAACAUGCUCCUAAUGGCUGAAGUUGGAAUCCUAGAAGCACUUACCAAAUACCUAUCACUUAGUCCACAAGACACAACAGAAGAAGCUACAACUGAGUUGUUGGGCAUUCUUUUUAGUAUUGCAGAAAUAAGGCAACAUGAAUCAGCACUUGGUGCUGUAAACCAGCUUGUGGCAGUCCUUCGUCUAGGAGGAAGAAAUUCACGCUACAGUUCUGCAAAGGCAUUAGAAAGCUUGUUUUGUGCUGACCAUGUCAGGAACAGUGAGUCAGCUCGACAAGCUAUUCAGCCGCUUGUAGAAGUGCUGAGUACUGGCAUGGAGAGGGAGCAGCAUGCAGCUAUAUCAGCACUUAUUAGGUUGCUUUGUGACAACCCGUCAAGAGCACUUGCAGUUGCUGAUGUUGAGAUGAACGCAGUGGAGGUCCUGUGCCGGAUUCUGUCCUCAGACUGUUCAGCUGAGUUGAAAGGUGAUGCUGCUGAACUGUGCGGUGUCCUGUUUGCAAAUACAAGGAUCCGUUCUACAAUGGCUGCAGCCCGUUGUGUGGAACCUUUGGUCAGUUUACUGGUUAGUGAAGCUAACCCGGCCCAGCUUUCUGUAGUUCGUGCACUGGAUAAGCUUCUGGAUGAUGAGCAACUCGCCGAAUUAGUAGCAGCGCAUGGGGCAGUCAUUCCCCUUGUUGGGCUUUUGUUUGGAAAAAAUUUCAUGCUUCAUGAGGCAGUUGCCAGAGCUUUGGUAAAGAUUGGAAAGGAUAGGCCGGCUUGCAAAUUGGAAAUGGUUAAGGCUGGUGUAAUUGAGAGCAUUCUUGAUAUUCUUCAUGAUGCUCCAGAUUUUCUUUGCGUUGCAUUGGCAGAAAUGCUUCGGAUUUUGACAAACAAUGCUAGCAUAGCAAAGGGUCCAUCUGCAGCCAAAGUAGUACAGCCUCUCUUCUCUCUGCUAUCUAAGGCAGACACUGGUCCAGAGGGGCAGUAUAGCACUUUGCAGGUUCUUGUCAAUGUUUUGGAGCAUCCUGAAUGCCGUGCUGAUUAUAACUUGACACCCCGCCAAACAAUUGAGCCAGUCAUUACUUUACUGAAUUCAUCUCCACCAGCUGUGCAACAAUUAGCAGCGGAGCUUCUAUCUCAUCUUCUCCUGGAAGAACACCUCCAGAAGGAUACAGUAGCAGAGCAAUCCAUCACUCCUCUUAUUCAAAUUCUCUCAUCGGGUUUGCCAAAUCUACAGCAGAGAGCUAUAAAAGCUCUUGCUAACCUUGCAUUAGCCUGGCCAAAUACAAUUGCAAAGGAGGGUGGUGUGUUUGAGUUGUCCAAGGUGUUGUUGCAAACUGAUCCACCUUUGCCUCAUGUUGUAUGGGAAUCAGCAGCAGCUGUCCUGUCUAGCAUUUUGCAGUACAGUACUGAGUUUUUCCUUGAGGUUCCAGUUGCGGUUCUAGUGCAAUUGCUUAGAUCAGGGACUGAAAGUACCGUUGUGGGUGCACUAAAUGCUCUGCUUGUAUUGGAGAGUGAUGAUUCAACAAGUGCAGAAGCAAUGGCUGAAAGUGGUGCUGUAGAAGCUCUGCUGGAUCUCUUGAGGAGUCAUCAGUGUGAGGAAGCUGCUGCCAGACUCAUUGAGGCACUGCUGAACAAUAUAAGAAUAAGGGAGGCCAAGGCUGCUAAAAAUGCUAUUGCACCUUUGUCCAUGUACCUUCUGGAUCCACAAACACAGUCUCAACAGGGAAGGUUGCUUGCUGCUCUUGCCCUUGGAGAUCUUUUCCAGAAUGAAGGUCUUGCUCGUUCGACGGAUGCCGUUGCAGCAUGCCGUGCUCUGGUCAAUCUUCUUGAAGACCAGCCAACUGAAGAGAUGAAAGUGGUGGCCAUUUGUGCCUUGCAGAAUCUAGUCAUGUAUAGCCGAGCAAAUAAAAGAGCGGUUGCAGAAUCUGGUGGCGUCCAGGUCUUGCUGGACCUUAUCAGCUCAAGCAAUCCUGACACUUCUGUUCAGGCAGCAAUGUUUGUCAAACUUCUGUUCAAUAAUCACACUAUCCAAGAAUACGCCACAAGUGAAACAGUCAGAGUUAUAACUGCUUCAAUCGAGAAGGAUAUAUGGGCAUCUGGGAGUGCUAACGAGGAGUAUCUUAAAGCGCUUAAUGCUCUACUUAGCAACUUCCCUCGCUUGAGAGUCACUGAACCUGCUACAAUAUGCAUUCCGCAUCUUGUAACAUCCCUUAAAACUGGUUCUGAAGCAACCCAAGAAGCAGCACUGGAUUCACUUUAUCUGCUCAGGCAAGCGUGGACUGCUUGCCCAGCUGAAGUAUUUAAAGCUCAAUCAGUUGCUGCAUCAGAGGCAAUUCCUCUACUUCAGUACUUGAUACAGUCUGGCCCACCACGGUUUCAAGAAAAGGCAGAGCUUCUACUUCAGUGCUUGCCUGGGACACUUACAGUUACUAUAAAGCGUGGCAACAAUCUGAAACAGUCUGUGGGAAACGCUAGUGCAUUCUGCAAGCUUACUCUUGGAAAUAAUCCUGCAAGGCUGACAAAGAUUGUCUCAACCGGCGAGUCACCCGAAUGGGAUGAAGCCUUUGCAUGGGCGUUUGACAGCCCUCCCAAAGGCCAGAAGCUUCACAUCUCUUGCAAAAACAACAGCAAAUUUGGAAAGAAAUCAUUUGGUAAGGUGACAAUCCAGAUCGACCGGGUUGUCAUGCUGGGGUCGGUUGCCGGAGAGUACACCUUGCUACCGGAGAGCAAAAGCGGUGCAAAUAGGAACCUGGAAAUCGAAUUCCAGUGGUCAAACAAAUGAUGACAGUAUCUACAGAAUUAGUUGCCCUCUGUAAGUUUAAAAUAUAUAAAGUGAAGAGUUGGUUACAUGUUUCAUGCUCUGCUAAAUGUUAUAUUUUUUGUGCAUCUGUGUAAAUAGUCGGCAGAGGAAGUCGUUGUUUUGUUGUACCUUUUUGUGAGAUGUAAACAGAUGAGAUCAGAUUUUUUCUGUAUACUGAUUGUAAUGGACCGAUUCAUUAUUUUUUACACGGGAGUUUUCUUA